AUGGAACAAAGUAUAGUAACACUAAAGAAGUCACAAGAUGAUAUUAAGCUUUAUUUUAGGCUUAAGAAAACUACUCAAAUGAGAAAGCUCAUGGAUUCUUACUGUGAUCGAAACGCUCUUGAUUUCUACUUGAUGGUUUUUCUCUUUAAUGGCCGUCGCAUAUAUCCACACCAGACACCAUACGAGCUGGACUUGGAAGAUGAGGAUGAAAUAGAUGCUGUCCUGUAUCAGCAGUGGACUGAACGCAUCAACAUCAAUGUCAAAGGCCAGACCGACGUAUUAUAA